UUAGGCGUUUGUCGAGUUCAUUCUCGUGGGAAAUACCCGUGGGUUGAUAUGCAUUUCUCCGCUUUGCACCGAUGAUCAGCGGCGGGGAGGCGUGAAAAAGCUCACGCCCAGAUAUGAUAAACGUGACGCUCCAGCAAACGAGCACCAUAUACACACCCAAAGGCGUUGGCUCUCCAACUUUAUUUUUAAUUUUCGUCACUUUCAGAAUAGCUAUUUAUUAAUUCAGCUCUAUUUUCAGUCAUCUUGUUUUACUCCAAUUUGGAGUUUAUAGUCAGUUUUGGUCAGAUUUGGACGUGAUUUUGUUUUGGGCCCACAGCAGAAAGUUCAGUCAAUGGAACAUAUCUGGAAAUUUCCCCUGCACGGCCAUAGCUGAGACACAGAGAGGAUUUUCACACAGGACAACCCAAAUCUACAGUGUCCUCUGUCCUUCAUACUACCUACAGCACGCACACAUGGAUCUCCAAGAAGAUCUCAUAGACCGGGACAUCAUUCUGACUGUACUGCUCCCAGGAGGACAGGAGACCACAGCCACAGUGCAUGGCAGUAAACCAGUUAUGGAUGUUUUGGUUACACUGUGUGCUCAACAACAUCUCGUUCCAUCGGAUCAUGCCAUUAAGCUUAUUUCCACAAAUCAAAACCACAUAAAUUUCAAACCCAACUCCAUGAUUGGCUCUCUUGAGUUUGAAAGAGUUGUCCUGCAAACUAAAGGAUGUGAUAACAAGAAGAAACCUCAUGUUCCUGUGGCAACAGUUCGUCUUCUGGUAAACUACAAGAAGUCUCAUAAGGCAGUAGUACGAGUCAAUCCUACAGUGCCGCUGGCUGAGCUGAUGGCCACAGUGUGUGAGAAGUGUGAGUUCGACCCCGAUGCCACCAUCUUACUGAGGACAUAUCAAUCAGAGGAACGUCUGGAUCUCACCAAAACACUCAAUGACUAUGGAAUCAGGGAGCUGUAUGCCAAAGACAUUAAAGUGGUACCAAACAAUCCUGCUGUUCCUGUGUUAACCCAUAAAGGUGGUGAGGAAGAACAGAAAUCCUCAGUUAAAGAAAAGAACCACAGAGAGAAGGGAAACAAAGGUUUCUUUGGUUUAUUCAAGAAGAACAAGAAAACACCUGAGCAGGCUGUGAUUGGCAGUGCUCCAAACUCUCCUGAACAGAACGGCCAAUGUGCGGACAGGGUGAAUGGUGUUAACGGUCACUCAGCCUUACCCAUGGCCCCUGCCGACAUGUCAAAGAAGAGACGCGCUCCACGGCCUCCUAUGACGGCGUCCCAGAGUGCCGCUUGUGGGCAUCACACCAGAGACUUUUCUGACCUAUCUGAGAGUGACUCUGCUAGAAAACAGGGUCAGCUCAGUUGUAUCUCUUCCACUGAGUCCUCCCUUAAAAGGACUAAACGGAGAGCUCCGCCCCCUCCGUGUGAUGGCCCCACCCCAUCUGAUUCAGAUAAAAAAGUAGAGGAUGCUCAAGGGGACGACAAGAGUUCAGACAAAUACAGAGCUCGCAUUGCUGGCCACUGCCCUGCAAUCGUUAAAGUUAUGAGUGAACUUGCAGAAUCUCUGCAGGCACGGCAACAGAGAAAGCUAUCUCCUGCAAAUUCUUCUAUAUCCCAGCAUCAGCUAGCAGACGAUUCUUCUACGGGUUUGUUUUCUGAGCAUCACACCCCUGAGGCUGAGCUUAAGGCACUUUCUGGCUGUCAGCUGCUGAGAAACCCCUCUGAGAGAGAAGGUUUGACCACCUUCACCGUGGUUCCCCAGAGACGUCAGCAGAGCAGGCAAUGUUUUGAGGUGUCACUAACCUUACAGACACCCGACACUGCUAAAGCCGAACAAGAGCUGUGCCCUGGAGACCCAGAUGCACUUGAGAUCCCCACCACAGAGCUUUUGGAAACCGUCCCAACUGAACCUUUUAGAAAUGGGUGCAAGGGUUCAGAUAAAAGCAAGCACUUGCCAGAGGUUCUACAUCUUCAGCCUGUGGAGCAAGAGAAUCAAGCUUGGACAGAUGUAGAGAGUGAGAAUUUGGAACUUAAAGAUGAAGAGGACCAAUGUAUUGAUCCAGAAGACAUGGAGCUAGAGAGUUCAGAAUCACCCCUAAGAGGUCUUGGUAAUCUAGAACAUUUAGGCAGUACGAUGAAUAAUCUAGAACUAAAAGGCAAAUGGGCUUAUCCUUCGGAACCAGCUGAUAAACUUGCUGACAGGUCACCAAUCGAUCCAAAGUCAGGCCCUGUGGAGCAAGAGGAGAUGGAAGAACAUGCUUUGGUGGAAACUGGAGAAGAAAAAGAUUGGGUAGAAGAAUACAAAGAGAGGAGAAGGAAGUUUCUAGGCGGUGGUGGCUAUAAUGAUGGUUUGAAAAAAUUAGAUGUUUGGGGAAGGAUUCAAAGAGAAUGUACAAACAUGCAAGAAGAGACAACAAUGCCAGAAAUGAACUUCCCAUUACCUCCAACACCUGUCUACUGGGAUGACAAUAAUAGUGAAAAUGAAGAGGAUGAAGAAAACAGGAGCGCGCAGGAAAUGCAGACCUAUGAUGAAGACCUUGAUCAAUAUGCAAACUUGGACUCAAAGCCCAAAUAUGCACCUUAUCUGCACUACUCCAAACCGAAGUCUCACUCUACCCAAACUAACAGUGAUCCAGGCGCCUCUAGUGCUGAAAAGAACUGCAGCUCGAAUCCAGAACCUCAUAGAACCUCCUUUUUAUCUAAAUCGCAUUCAAGCUUUGACCCCUGCCCUCCUGCAACAGUGUCUCUUUUCGCUUUGGCUGUAUUUCAGAAAGCUACGCGCUCCAAACUAGGGCUGGAUCCUAACUGCUCCAGGAGACGGGAGCUGCCCAUGAACACACACAGUAAUUGAUGGCCAGUCUGAAUAUGGGAGUGUUCAUAAAUGAGGAAGAGGGGUUCUUCACCAGAAUGAACAGGACACACUAUAUUAAAACGACACCGGUUUCUUACAAGAUUAUCUGAUUCUGUGUUUUUAGCAUUAUGAAUAUUUUGGAGGAUGAUAAAUAUUUUGAAAGCUUUACUUGCAUUUUCCUGUUUUGUUGACUGAUUUCACUGAUGCUUUCAGAAAGGAGGAUUUUUCCGGCCUU